UGCGAGAGGACGCGGCUGAAGCAAGCAGCGGGGACUCAGCCUCUCGCCCAUCUUCCUGGAGCGGAAUUAAUUCUUGGAGCAUUUCUUGAAGAUACUUUGAUAGCAAUGCUGAAGACAUAUUGAUGGUUGUGAAGUGAAUAACUUUCAGAAACAGUGCCCUUAUAGAGAAGGCAGGAUGAAAGACCGGUUAUGUGAACUGUAUGAGUUAGCUAGGCUUUAUAACCAACAGUUUCCUAACAAUGAGGAUGAUGAGAGUUUACCUCAUGAAACCCUCCUAUUUGAAACUGAUUAUGCCCUCGCAGCUCUUUACAAAGAUAUCCAGAGUAUCAGAACAGACAACCUGCACUUGAAAGAGGACGUCAAACGGCUAGGUAAACAAAAUAAUCGCUUUCUUACCUCCAUGCGCCGUCUUAGUAGUAUCAAACGAGAUACUAACAGCAUUGCCAAAGACAUCAAGGCCCGUGGAGAAGGCAUCCACAGGAAACUCCAGACAAUGAAAGACUUCAGUGAAGAUGCAGAAACAAAACAUGGCACGAUGUCUGUCAUAACCCGUGUAUCAAAGAAUCACUAUGUUGACCUCAUGCAUGCCUUUCAGGAAGCCAUGUUUGAGUACAAUGAGGCAGAGAUGAACCAGCGGGAGAACUGCAAGAUUCGGAUCCAGAGACAGCUGGAGAUCAUGGGCAAGGAUGUUUCCGGAAACCAGAUUGAAGACAUGAUCGAGCAAGGCAAGUGGGACGUUUUCUCUGAGAAUCUCCUGUCUGAUGUCAGAGGGGCUCGUGCAGCAUUGAAUGAGAUAGAGACGCGACACAAAGAGUUGAUGAAGUUGGAGAGUCGCAUCAGGGAGGUUCAUGAGCUCUUUCUGCAGGUGGCACUACUGGUGGAGCAACAGGCCGACACCUUUGACAUCAUUCAACUGAAUGUGGAAAAAGUUGAGGACUAUGUAGGAGAGGCUAAAUGUCAGGUGAGGAAAGCUUUGGAAUACAGGAGGAAACACCCUUGUCGAACACUCCUCUGCUGUUGCUUUUCAUGCUGCAAAAGCUGAUUCUCCUACUCAAGCCAUUACAGACCAACUUGAAUGUGCCCUAAGAAUGUACAGUUGAAAUAGUGCUUUUUAAAAUGGGCUACUCUUUGGAACAGGGUUGGUUUUGGGGGUUGGGGUGAUUACCCCUUGUCUUAGAUGCCUUAAGCACAUUUAUGUGCUAAUAAAAGCCAAAUGUUGCUGGCAAAUCAUUUUUAUUAUCUUUAACAACAACAACAACAAAAUUCAAGCCUAACCGAUUUGGCUAUAAUCAAGGCUAGAGUGCUUGAGAGCCUCAUAAAAUGAUACAUGCUCCAAUCUGACACCACCUAAUUUAAAGAAUGAAUGAAAGGCUCAUAGCUUAAUCGAUGAAGGAUGAGUGUUGGUGUACCACGAGGUGGCUAUUUUCUAUCUUCCACAGUGAGAUUGCAUGGGGUACAGCUCUAUUGCUGUAGUGAUGUAAUUCUGUGGUGCUUCGUAAGUUUGCCUGCCUUUAGGAAACUUGGAGCCCACAUGAUGCAAUCCUUGAGCAAUUCAUUGCCACAUUCAUUUGAAGAAACAGUAAGUCUGUUACACUAUUAACAGAAAAUAUAGAAUAGUUUCUUAAACCUUUUUACACAAGGAGCUUGAUUCUGAUCUCACACUGGUUUUACACCAGUGGAACUCCAUUGAAAUGAAUGAAGCGAAUUUUGAUCUAUUCCAGUGUAGAUAAGAUCAAACUCAGUCCCAAGAAGUGGUCAUUCCUCUCUUUUCCUCACUCCCCCGCCCCCCUAAUCCCUUUCAUCAUUGUGAACACACCAGAAUUUUGACCAGGUCACAGGAAACACUGAAAAAUUAAGACCUCUCUUCAACUGACUCUUUACUUUAGUCAUUUAAAUACUCUGUUUAAUGUUGUUGUCUUUAAGUUUGUAAUGUAGUCUGCUGGAGGACUGAAAAUGGUCAUGGCAAACUUUUUUCAAAGAUUUUUAGCCCUGUAAAUAAAUAAUGCAACUAUCUCCUCUCAAAGGUGACUUUUAACACCCAUAAAUGGACACUUGUCUGGAGGGCAAAUGCAACAUUUUAGAGAUUCACACACAAAUUUGAAGUUGUAGUGACAGAUUUACCUUGUAAAUAGAUGCUUAUCUUUGUAAGAAAAUGUAUUGAUAUAAUGUGUUUGUAUAUGUUAACAUGAAGGUAUUAAUAACAAUGUUUACUCUGGUUAGUUAUGAAGACUGAUGGGGCUGUCUUGUGCCUCUGCGACAACUGCACAUUGAAAAGAGACUAGACCCCUUUAUUCAAUACUCCUGUAUGAGCCAACAUUUUGGAGUCAAAAUGACACUUCCUUUUAUUGGGUUUGAAAAGUUUUCCCUCCUCCCUCUAAAACCUUCUCUGAUUGACCAUAUUAGGUUUGGACAAAAAGGGAGGAAGAGAAAUUUAAGGCCAAAUUUUGAAGUCCUUAAUUGAUUAUAGUUCCCAUUGGUUUCAUUUGAUUGAGAGCUGAAGAAUUUGGCCCUUCCUUUUGAAGACCUUUGAGCUCUGUUAGCCCUACUGAGAACAGAGGGCAAUGCCAAAAGUAUGCACAAUAUUCCAUCUACAGUAUUUUUAAGCAGCUUUCUGCUACAUUGUGAUUUAUUGGUACUUUGAACUCAUACAAGACUUUUUUUUUCCCUCCAGAAGUUAGUGACUUCAAAGAUCUUCUGUUUGGUUAACUUUUUCCCCUUUUUUGUCC